GUAAUUGAAGAUAAUGAUUAUGAAUUUUUACAAGAAGCAGAAGAUUUCAAAAAUGAGCAAUUUAAUUAUGAAAAAGAAGAAAAUCUUAUAAUUGAAAAUUUAGUAAAUUUAAAUGCAAAGAAUAUUAUAUCAGAUCUAGAUAAAAAAAUGUAG